UGUCUGACGCUGUGUCCAAUCGUAGCCUCCCGGCGUGCAUUGCGGCUGCAAUGGCUGCCCCCGGCCGUCGCGGGGCUGGGCUGGUUCGAGCGGCGUUAAGGGUCUGGCAGCCGGGCCUCUACGCCACGGGGGAGCGGGUGACCCCGCUCCCCUCACUCGUAGGCUGUCAACGGAGGUGCGUGUCCUGUGUGGCGGGGAUCACUUUCUCUGGUCCCCGAUUGGCCUCCGCCUCUCGCCAGUACGGCCAGGGAUCGGCCUUAGACCGCUUCCUCGGAUUCCCCGAGUCCGACAACUCGCUGACUUCUUGCGUCCCCGCGGUGUCCAUGCACAGAGAUGAGCAGGAUCUCCUCUUGGUCCAUCACCCCGACAUGCCUGAGAAUCCCCGGGUGCUACGAGUGGUCCUCCUGGGAGCCCCAAACGCAGGGAAGUCAACACUCUCCAACCAACUGCUGGGCCGAAAAGUGUUCCCUGUCUCCAAGAAGGUGCAUACCACUCGCUGCCAAGCUCUAGGGGUCAUCACAGACAAGGAGGCCCAGGUGAUUCUACUUGACACACCUGGCAUUAUCAGUCCUGUUAAACAGAAGAGGCACCACCUGGAGCCCUCUUUGUUGGAAGAUCCAUGGAAGAGCAUGGAAUCUGCAGAUCUUGUUGUGGUUCUUGUGGAUGUCUCGGACAAGUGGACUCGGAACCAGCUCAGCCCCCAGGUGAUCCGGUGCUUGACCCAGUUCUCCCAGGUUCCCAGCAUCCUUGUCAUGAACAAGGUAGAUUGCCUGAAGCAGAAGUCUGUUCUCCUGGAGCUCACAGCAGCCCUCACUGAAGGUGUGGUCAGUGGCAAAAAGCUCAAGAUGAGGCAGGCCUUCGACUCACAUCUUGUUACCCAUUGCCCCAACCCAGCAGCUAAGGAACCAAACACCCAGUCUGUGGAAAGCCCUCAGGGGACUGGCUGGCCCCACUUCCAAGAGAUCUUCAUGUUGUCAGCCCUAAGCCAGGAGGAUGUGAAAACACUAAAGCAAUACCUCCUGGCACAGGCCCAGCCAGGGCCCUGGGAGUUCCACAGUGGAGUCCUCACUAGCCAAACACCAGAAGAGAUCUGCGCCAACAUCAUCCGAGAGAAGCUCCUAGAGCACCUGCCCCAGGAGGUGCCCUACAAUGUGCAGCAGAAGACAUUAGUGUGGGAGGAAGGACCAAGUGGGGAACUGGUUAUACAGCAGAAACUUCUGGUGCCCAAAGAAUCUCAUGUGAGGCUCCUGAUUGGUCCAAAGGGCCACCUGAUCUCCCGGAUUGCACAGGAGGUGGGCCGCGACCUCAUGGACAUCUUCCUCUGUGACGUUCAGAUCCAUCUCUGUGUGAAGCACCUCAAGUGACCACCCUCUACUGCCCCUCCCAGGGCUUCCCAGCUUCCUAGCUCUAAUGCUGUCAGAACCUGACUGGGGUCCUGAACUGCCCCUGGCUGGGGGACCUGCAGGGACUGGUCAGGAUCAUGGACACUGAUUGGCUACUGGCCCACCUGGCCAGUGUCACAGUGACACAGUGGCUCAGCUGUGUCUUGUUGAAAGAAGGAACUCGCUUUACCUACGUUCCCAGGUAGUUCCUCUGCCUGGGGCCACAGCUAUGGCCUCUUGGUGAGAGCAGUGCCACAUUGCCUCCAGCUGGCAUUGGGCCCAGAGUCUCUCCUCAAGUUGCUGUUAUUAGCAGGGGGUAGAUCUUUCUCUUUUCCCCCUGGGUUUCUCUAUCUUGAAGCUGUGUGAGUAAUCAAGUUUCCUGAGUGAGGUAGUACCUCCCACUUGCUCCCCAAUUCUCAAUCCCUCCCACCCCAUCCCUCUCUCUAGUCUUGGAUGCUAAUAAAAUCAAAAGACAAGCA